AUGUUGCUCCAUCAGUCGGCCCAAAGAUACGCAAUGUCUGUUCCUUCUCUGCUCAAGAGUCAACAGAAUUCCACAUUGUGCGUGAAUUUUGAGGACCAUGGUGAAGCACUGGAACUUUCUAUAUAUAUUGACAUCUAUGACAAGAAUAUUACAGUAUUCAAUGGGCCAAUCCCAUCUACCAACAGCUACACAUGUCAUCAUUUCAAGGUGCCAGAAGUGAAAAAAGCCGCCUCUGUGUUCAUUACACUUGAGGCUGUUGGUCAGACGGUUACGUUCAUGGAUCGGCAGAGUGUGGUCAUUGAUGUUCCUGUUAACAUUGUCCUUAUCCAAAUGGACAAGCCCAAAUACAGAGGUGGACAGACAGUGCAAUUCCGUAUAUUCUCACUGAAUUCUGAGCUGCAUCCAGUCACUGAGACGUACUCUGUGGUCUACGUGUUGAGUCCACUUGGGAGUCGUAUGUAUCAGUGGGAGAAUCCUGACUCAGUCAGCGGCAUAGUGUCCUUGGCGUUUACCCUUGAGAGUGAUGCUGUACCAGGGUAUUAUCAAAUCCAGGCUGAGAAGGCAUCUGAAGGUUCUGCUACCCAGCAGUUUAUGGUAGAAGACUACAAUUUACCCAAAUUCUCGGUGCAGCUGGUCGCGCCACAGAUCAUAACUGUACUGGAUAAGACGCUCUCAUUUGCCGUUACCGCCACGUACACAUACGGCCAGGGGGUCCCUGGGAAUCUCACUGGACGGAUUUGCAAAGGAGCUAGCACGUAUUAUGGGGCAGGCUGCAAUGUGGACCCUGACGGUCUCUGCUUUCCCAUCACAGGGAAGUUGGACUCUACAGGGACAUAUAAUGGCAGCGUAGACCUAACCCGCUUCCAGAUGGAUCUUUCAGGAAAUGGGUUGUCGUUCAUCCUUCAGAUCACACUAACUGAAGAGGGCACAGCCUUCCAGGUGACAGAGUCUCAGCCUGUGACAGUCAGCAGACCUAAAGUUCAGAUGUUGUUUGAUAAUAAGGCUAUGAAGGGUUAUUAUAAAAGGGACAUUCCAUAUUUGGUCCGGGUGAUGAUGAAGAAUGAACAGGGGCAACCCAUGAACAAUGAGACUGUGGAGCUUCAGGUUAGUGGAACAACAGUCCAGAACUUGACCACUGAUGGUAAUGGACAAGCAGAGUAUGAGAUUGAUACCUCUGGAAUGUCACAGUCACAAAUACAGCUACAGGCACUUUACAAACAGCCUAACAUUUGCACCUUUAAUCACUGGAUAAAUCCUACAUUCUCCAAUGCCUACUAUACUGUGAAUCGGUUCUACUCCCGGACUAGAAGCUACGUGGAUCUACAGGGCCCCGCAGGGGACCUGGCUUGUGGACAAACUUACGGAGUCAGGGUGCGAUAUGUGCUAGGCAAAGAAGCAACAAGAGAUGGAGUGAGCAUAGUCAGAUUCUACUAUCAGAUUAUGGCAAAAGCCCAAAUUCAACAGUAUGGUGAACAUCAAGUAGACCUGAGUAACUCUCGUAAAGGUGAAUUCUAUCUCAAUUUCACGGUAACUGCAAAUCAUGCUCCCAGUUUGGAUUUUACUGUAUACAGCCUGGUGGAAAAUGAGGUCAUCGCAGACACUGUUCAUCUGUUAACAGAUAAAUGCUUCAAAGACCAGGUUUCUUUGAGUUUCUCACCAGAUAAAGGAACCCCAGGGUCUAGUGUGCAGCUGAAUCUUGCAGCUGGUAUGAGGGGCAUUUGCGCUAUGAGGGUCAUCGAUUCCAGCGUCUCGCUUCUUUCUCAAUAUGAAGAGUUUACCGCUGAGAAGAUAUACAACUCCCUGAGAUACACCUCACUGAAUGGGUAUUGGUGGGCAGGAUACAAUGUGGCACCUCCGUCACCCCCAUGCAGAGACCCCAAUGAAGAAUUGUUUUACAACGGAUCUUUUUAUAAAGAAGUUGGCUACACUGAAGAUGUGCCGAUCUCAGAGCUUAGCCAGGUGCUGAUUGGUACCACGCGCCUAUACUCAGUGCUGAUUUCAGAGCUUAGCCAGGUGCUGAUUGGUACCAUGUGUCUAAACUCAUUGCUGAUCUCAGAGCUUAGCCAGGUGCUGAUUGUGCCGAUCUCAGAGCUUAGCCAGGUGGUGAUUGGUACCAUGUGCCUACACUCAUUGCUGAUCUCAGAGCUUAGCCAGGUGCUGAUUGGUACCAUGUGCCUAUACUCAGUGCUGAUCUCAGAGCUUAGCCAGGUGCUGAUUGGUACCACGUGCCUACACUCAUUGCUGAUCUCAGAGCUUAGCCAGGUGCUGAUUGGUACCAUGUGCCUACACUCAUUGCUGAUCUCAGAGCUUAGCCAGGGCAUUGGAUUGGUUUUUGCCACAAAUUCAUCUCUAAAGAAACCAGAACUGUGCGGCUCGAGGUUUACGCCUUAUUAUAUGGAGACUGAAAGUUAUUCUAGAAGAAUUGCUAGUGCAACGGUAUUACCAAUGUACACUUUCAAAGAAGUUUCCCCAGUUACAACUGUCCGGACAAAAUUCCCUGAAGUUUGGAAAUUCAACCUCAUACCCAUUAGUGAGAGUGGGCUCGCUAGUGAAACAGAGACCGUUCCAGACACCAUAACCUCGUGGGAAGGCUCCAUGUUCUGUGUGUCCCCAAAUGGCUUCGGGAUGACAAACAAAGCUACAGAAUUCAUCGUGUUUCAGCCCUUUUUUGUGGAGUUGACUCUUCCUAAUUCCAUCAUUAGAGGAGAGAAGCUAGAACUGAGGGCCGUGGUGCUUAAUCAUAUGGACAAAGACAUCAAGAUCAGAGGGACAUUAGCACAGUCAGAUAAAUUCACAGCGAUCCUUCAGGAAGGUCAGCAGGACAUGUGUGUGCGAUCCAGACAACGAGGCGUGUUCAUCUGGGAGCUCACCCCGGUCUCUCUGGGUGUGAUGGAGGUCAAUGUGACAGCUGAGACCACUCACAUCGGAGCUUCGUGUACUGGAAGCCCUGACCAAACCCAGCCCCCUCGGAAGGACACAGUGAUGCAGUCUGCGAUUGUAGAGGCUGAAGGUAUAGAAAAGGAACUUACCCACAGUCGUCUUGUUUGUGUGAGAGACACCGAAUCUGUGAUCCCAAUAAACAUCACUCCCCCCAAAAACACAGUGCCAGGUUCACCAGUGGCCUCCAUUACUGUGAUGGGAGAUCUCUUGGCCUCUGCUGUGAACAAUCCCCAAUCUCUGAUACGGUUGCCCAUGGGAUGUGGAGAACAGAUUCUUUCUAUUCUGCUGCCUAUACCAUUUAUAGUGCAGUAUCUGAAUAAUACGGGGCAGCUGACUGACAAAAUCCAGAAGUCAUCAAAUGAUGCCAUGAGCAGAGGAUAUAUAAAUAUGCUCAAAUUCCAGAGCGCAGAUGGUGGUUUUUCAACUUUCUUUGGAAAUUCCCAAUCAAAUUCAUGGCUGACAGCAAAUGCCGUACGUGCUUUGCAAGAAGUAUCCAAACAUGUAUUUGUCGAUCAGACUGUCACAGAUAGAGCUUUAUCCUUCCUGGAAAGGUCUCAGGACAUAAGAACUGGCUGCUUCAAACCCUCUGGGACCGUGUUUAACAACGCACUGACGGGAGAGGUUGGAAGUGAAUUGGCCUUCACUGCUCAUUUGACCUCCAUCUUGCUGAAGUCUUCUUACAUUGGCCGGCAAACGCUGCUCCGUAGCGCUCUCACGUGCCUGGACACCGCUUCCAAGAAACAGGAGAUUGAGAUCUAUGACCUGUCCUUAUUGUUUUACGUGUUCACGGCCGCUGGAGUUGAGGAGAAAAGCCAGACUAUGCUCAAUAAGCUGAAGGAACUCGCCGUGUCCCAAGACGGUACCCUUCACUGGGAGCGGCGGGUGAAGCCAGUGUCAGAGAGAGUCUCAUUCUUCUACCCUCAAUCAGCUUCUGGCGAUAUUGAGAUCACAGCCACCGUUCUGCUGGGCUUGGUUAACCGACCCAAUCCAUCUGCAGAAGAUAUAAACUACAUGAAUCAGAUCGUUCUGUGGUUAUCUUGGCAACAGAAUGCACUGGGAGGCUACAGAUCCACAAAGGACACAGUGGUGACAAUAGAAGCUCUAUCUGCUUAUAGUACACUGACAUAUAUAAAAAAUGCCACCAACCAGGUGCAAGUGUCACAGGAGAAUGCGCUGGUUGCACAGUUCAACGUGAACAACACCAACAGACUAGCGCCCCAGAAAGCGUCUCUACCUACUGUGCCCGGCAAUUACAGCAUUAGAGUCGCAGGGAGAGGCUGCACCUUGGUGAAGACCACGGUUCGAUACCAUGUCCCAGUGCCUAAGGAGAACUCAGCUUUCUCGCUGUCUGUAAAUUCCUCAUCAGAGAGCUGUGUAAAUGGUGUAGCGUAUAACUUUAUCAUCAGCAUCACUGCCAGUUAUCGUGGUCUCCGGAAUCAAUCCAACAUGGCAAUUAUAGACCUGAAAUUGCCUUCUGGGUACUCAAGGGAUUUUCAACUGUCAGAGCUGAGGAACUUGGUUUCUAAAAUUGAAACCACCGGUAACCAUGUGAUUAUCUACCUUGACACUGUCACUACUGAGCCAAUUUCUUUAUCUCUGAGAGUCCAGAUGACAAGCAGAGUAUUCAACUUCCAGCCAACAUAUGUUUAUAUGUAUGAUUACUAUGAAUCAGAUGAUAAUGGCCUGGCUAUGCUGUACCAUCCGUGUGCCAAGCAGUGAGUUCCCAGAGUAAAUUGUCACAAUUCAUCAUGAUUCCCUGUCUGUGACACACCUGGGAAGAAUGAUCCCCUAUCUGAUGUCCUUGCUCGUGAUCAUUUAAUAACUGAAGCCCUUUGUGAGACCUGCAUGCAGGAAGCUCCUCCCACUGCUGCCA